UCCAGGAUGCAGAGUUGGUGAGGAUUAUGUUCAACCUCCUAAGGAGACAGUAUGACAGCAUUGGAGAGCUGCUGCAGGCUCUGCGGAAGACCUACACCAUCAGCCAGGCCUCCGUGAGCGACACUGUUAACCUGCUGGCUGCCCUGGGCCAGAUCCGGUCCCUUCUUAGUGUCAGGAUGGGCAAGGAAGAGGAGCUUCUCAUGAUCAACGGGCUAGGGGACAUAAUGAACAACAAGGUGUUUUACCAACACCCCAACCUCAUGAGAGUCCUGGGCAUGCACGAGACGGUGAUGGAGGUCAUGGUGAAUGUGCUGGGUACAGAGAAAUCACAGGUAAUGCUUUACUGAGCCAGAACCUGACUCUCAGGGCAGGAGUACAAAUCUAUUGACUCAGUUUUCCCCUGGGAAGAGGAAAAGAUUUCUACAGAUCCAAAAGGAUGCAAGAAGGGGACCAUUGCUGCUAGCGUAGGGUACAACCAGGAAUUUAUACCAGUUUUCCUGAGAUCUUACUUAAAUUGAAUGGCUUCUUUUUGAUGUUUUUACAUGUAUGUAUAUAUGUCAUGUGCAUGUAUAUAUGUUAGUAUGCUCACAUGCAUGUGGAUGUACAUGUGUAGGUGUGCAUGCACAAUUAUGCACAUACAUAUGGAGGCCUGAAGUUGGCAUAAACUGCCUUCCUAGACUGCUCCCCACUUUACCAACUGAGACAGGGUCUUUCACUGAACCCAAACAUCACAAAUUCAGAUAGUCUACCUAAACAGUUUGUUCUGGGGAUUCUUGUCUCUACCCUCUAAAU